GAUUUACAAGUAGUUGCUUUGAAGUCCAGCUAUUCUUUUGGCCUCCAUAUCAGAAUUAAAUACAUUACUUUUUAAUUUUAUUUUUAGCUAUUUUGCGCAACUUAAAUAGAUAAGCACGUAGAAAAUAAUAAUAAGUUAAGAAACGCGUGGUAACGUAAGGAAGAUGGCGCAUUAUUUCAUUUGUGACGCAGCAGAAACGACCAGUAAAGAAACGAGAACGACAGUUAUUUCGGUUUGAUUUCAAGUCGGGUUGGGGAUGAAAUCGUAAAUAGAUUAGAAGAAUAAUAAAUACCUUAACAUAUUCAUUCUAUAAGGCUCAGAAUAACUAUAAGACACAACUUCAAAUCGAAAUUAGCAUCAAGAAGCCGCAAAAUGUGUAACAAUCAAGCCAACAUGGUGCUCCUGGGCGAGGUGUUCCCCAACUUUGAGGCCGAGACCACCGAGGGCCCGAUCAAGUUUCACGACUGGCUCGGUGGAUCGUGGGGUAUUUUGUUCUCCCACCCCGCCGACUUCACCCCCGUCUGCACCACGGAGCUCGGAGCCGCCGCACAGCUGGCCCCCGAGUUCGCCAAACGUGGCGUCAAGAUGAUCGCCGUCUCCUGCGAUCCAGUGCAGUCGCACAAGGACUGGAUCAAAGACAUUGAGGCGUACAACCACCUGGCCGGCGCGUUCCCGUACCCGAUUAUUGCCGACGAGGAGCGGCGCCUGGCGGUGCAGCUGGGCAUGCUCGACCCUGACGAGCGCACCGCCGAGGGACUCUGCCUGACGGCGCGCGCCGUGUUCGUCGUCGGGCCCGACAACCGACUGAAGCUGUCCAUCCUGUACCCGGCCACCACCGGACGCAACUUCCAUGAGAUUCUGAGGGCGAUCGACUCACUGCAGUUGACAGCUCAGAAGAAGGUGGCCACCCCGGUCAACUGGAAGGCCGGCGAUAAGUGCAUGGUGCUGCCAUCUAUCAGCGAGGACGACGCCAAAAAGCUGUUCCCAGCCGGUGUCGAGGUGCACGAGGUGCCUUCAGGCAAGAAGUACAUCCGCACCACGCCGCAGCCGCAGUGAUCCGACGGGCCGGCGCCGCGCUGCGCACCAGUCCCGGCCGGACAGGUGCGGCGGCCGCGCCCCCUCCCGCCGGGACUGCUGACGUGUCAGAGGGGGCGGGGCAGCCCGGAGGACUUCGUGUGUGAUUGCACCUGUUUUGUAACGCGGCUUAUGGGCACGGUCGCUUUCUAUUCCUCAUUGUGAUAUUGUUGCGGGCUCUAAUAAACAUGCCUCCUCGGUCA